AUGUCGUACCCGGGUCCUCCAGGUGUCUCGAAGCCGUCGCAUCCAUCGCUGCCGCCACGCCCGCCCGUGGUCAAGCUGCCCGGAUUCAAGCCCGCCUUUUCCCCAGCCCCGGCAGCAACAGCAUCUCCCGCACCACCAGUCCCUCCUACAGUCUCAGCGCCUGGCUACACAGCGCCCGCUCCGUCCUACCCCGGCUACCCCCCCGUCGCGGCACCUCCCAGUUAUGGCGUACCCCCAACUGCUACUCCCUACGCAGGCCCAGCGGCCGUCCCCCCCGCCGCUGGCCGCGGUGCCGGCUACGGCCCGGUAGCUCCCACCACAACUCCGUUCAACUAUCCCGCAACAACACCGUACACGCAAGCCCCGUCUUACUAUGGCGCUUCUGCCGCGACUACGAAUGGGUAUGGCGCGCAUGCCAUGCGAAACGCCUACCAUCAUCACAACAAUCCUGGUGCCGACAGCGCCGACUACGAUCCUGAGCUUGCUGCGCAAAUCGCCCAGUGGCAGAGUGCGUACAUGCCGAAGGACCCUGACGAUCCGAAUAAUAAGGCUGGUGCGGGAGCUACUGGCGCACAGAAAGGCGCCGCUGGAGCUCAAGCCUCCUCCGGUCCGCAGAUCCCCGAUCCAGCCCUCGCCGCGCAAGCCGCUGCGGCUGGCACCGAGCCGGGCGGGAAGAAAAAGACGGUCGUGCGCGAAGGCGGCGGAAAGAAAUGGACCGACGACACGUUGCUCGAAUGGGACCCCUCCCACUUCCGCCUGUUCGUGGGUAACCUCGCGGGCGAGACAACCGACGAAUCCCUCCUCAAAGCCUUCUCCCGGUGGAAGAGCGUACAAAAAGCCAAGGUCAUCCGCGACAAGCGGACCAACAAGAGCAAAGGGUUUGGGUUUGUGAGCUUUAGUGAUCCGGACGACUUUUUCCAGGCAGCCAAGGAAAUGAACGGGAAGUAUAUCCAGAGUCAUCCGGUCGUGGUGAAGAAGGCGAAGACGGAGAUUAAGCCAGUUGUGAUGAAGGAUGAUAAGAAAGGGAAUAAGAAAGAUAAGAAGGGGGGUGCCGAGCAGCAUGCUAGCGGGAGUGGGAUGGGGGGGGCCCAUCAUGAAGCGACGGCGUAUCAUCCUCAUUUGGGGCCGAUUAAGCCGGCGGGGGUGACGAAGCCUGGGCAGAAGACUAAGGGGGGGCUUAAGUUGCUUGGUUGA